AUGCGGAAGCAGCUGGAUCCACGGAUCCCUACGCUGAUCCGGAACAACGUGGCCCGGGGCCACCGCUCGUUCUUUGUAGUUGUAGGGGACCAUGGGCGUGACCAGGUCGUGAACCUGCACUUUUUGCUCUCGCAGUCGCGCGUUGAGUCGCGGCCUAACGUGCUGUGGUGCUACAAGAAGGACCUUGGAUUCACAACGCACCGCAAGAAGCGCGAGGCCAAGAUCAAGCGUGACAUCAAGCGCGGCGUGCGUGACCAGGACUCACAGGAUCCGUUCGAGCUGUUUGUCGGUGUGACGGACAUUCGUUACUGCUACUACAAAGAGACGCCGAAGAUCCUCGGUCGUACAUUCGGUAUGCUGGUUCUGCAGGACUUUGAGGCGCUUACGCCCAAUCUGCUCGCACGCACGAUCGAGACUGUAGAGGGUGGUGGUAUCGUUGUGCUCCUGCUGCAAACCAUGUCUAGCCUGCGCCAGCUGUACUCGCUCUCGAUGGAUGCGCACCGCCGCUACCACUCUGCAUCAACGAACGAGGAGCCGGUGGCACGCUUCAACGAGCGUUUCCUGCUAUCCCUGAGCCGAUGCUCCGACUGCCUCCUGCUCGACGACGAGCUGAACGUGCUACCUGUUAGCGCAGGCCGCGAUAUCCGCCCCCUGCCCGAGACUCAGAGCUCCCAGAGCACGGGCGGCGUCGGAGCCACUGUGCAGCGCGACGAAGCAUGGCGUGCACGCGAGAAAAAGCUCGCAGAUCUGCGCGCGGACGUGGCCGAGACGAAGGUCGUGGGCGACGUCAUUCGCCAUGCCAAGACGCUCGACCAGGCCACUGCCGUGCUGACCAUCCUCGACGUGCUGGCCAGCUCCUCGCUCUCGACCACUGUCACACUCACCGCCGGGCGUGGACGCGGCAAGUCAGCCGCGCUGGGCCUGGCACUCGCGGCGGCCAUCGCCCACGGGUACAGCAACAUAUUUGUCACAUCGCCGAGCCCUGAAAACCUAAAGACGCUCUUUGAAUUUGUGCUCAAAGGCCUCGAUGCGCUCGGUUACGAGGAGGUCGCCGACUGGGACCUGCUGCGUGGCACGGGUGAGUGGAAGGACACGAUCGUACGCAUCAACGUUUUCCGCGCGCACCGCCAGACCAUCCAGUACAUCCAGCCGCAGGACCACGCCGUGCUGACACAGGCCGAACUUGUGGUCAUUGACGAGGCAGCGGCCAUUCCGCUCCCGCUCGUCCGCCAGCUGAUGGGCCCCUACCUCGUGUUCCUCUCGUCGACCGUGAAUGGGUACGAGGGCACUGGUCGCAGUCUCUCGCUCAAGCUGAUCCAGCAGCUGCGUUCCGGCGCGAGUGCCGGCGGCGGCCGCGCGCUCAAGGAGGUCGAGCUUACCGAGCCGAUUCGGUAUACGCCCGGCGACCAAGUCGAGGCGUGGCUGAAUGCCCUGCUGUGCCUCGAUGCGUCACUGGCCAAGCUGCCGACGGACGCGCGCGACGGGUGCCCGCACCCCUCGUCGUGUGAUCUGUACCUGGUGAACCGCGACUCGCUCUUCAGUUUCCACCCAGCUUCUGAGUUGUUCCUGCAGCGCGUCAUGGCGUUGUACGUGGCGGGGCACUACAAAAAUUCGCCCAACGAUCUGCAGCUGCUCAGUGAUGCACCGGCACACGCCCUGUUUGUGCUCCUGCCGCCACUCCGUGGCCAGAGUCUACCUGAGCCUCUUUGUGUGGUGCAGGUGGCUCUCGAAGGCAAUAUCAGUCGGCCGGCCAUCCUCCGGAGUCUCGCGCGUGGCACGCGGGAGGCAGGCGAUUUGGUGCCGUGGCUCAUCACGCAGCAGUUCCAGGACGCCGACUUUGCAUCACUGUCGGGUGCACGCAUUGUGCGGAUUGCUGUGCACCCCGAGUACAUGCGCAUGGGCUAUGGUGCGCGUGCGCUUUCGCAGCUCGAGGCAUUUUACGGCGGCCAACUGCUGGACCCUGAUGCACUUGCACAGAAGCAGGAACGGGACGCGGCGCGCCCGGCGCUGGUGCGUGGCGAGCUGGGUGAACGCAGUGCGGCGUCGCUUCCGCCGCUGCUGGAGCGCCUGUCGGAGCGCGAGCCAGAGUCCCUCGACUGGCUGGGUGUAUCGUAUGGCCUGACCCCUGAACUGUUCCGUUUCUGGAAGCACAGUGGGUACACGCCGCUGUAUGUGCGGCAAGCGGCGAACGAGCUAACGGGCGAGUACUCGGCGGUUCAGCUCAAAACGCUACAUGGUCAGCACGCGUGGCUCGCUGCGUUUGCGAGUGAUUUCCGCCGGCGCUUCUGCACACUGCUCUCGUUCCGCUUCCGCGAGCUGCGCACACUCACUGCGCUCAGUGUGCUGGAUGCGGCCGGCCAGGCGGCUGCACCGGAUACGCGCGCACUCACACGGGCUGAACUGUCAUGGCUGCUGACGCCGUUCGAUAUGAAACGCCUCGAGUCAUACGGGAACCACCUGCUGGAGCUGCAGGUCGUGGUCGAUUUGCUACCGGCACUUGCGCAGCUGUACUUUGGUGGCCGCCUGCGCUCCCUCGGCGAGGGCGAUACCGAGGCGGGCCAGGCACUGACGGUCAGUGGUCUCUCCGCUGCACUGCUGCUCGCCAUUGGUCUACAACGCCGCACGAUCGACGAUGCUGCCACGGAGCUGAACCUGCCGCUGAAUCAGGCACACACCCUGCUUGGCAAGGCGGUGCGGCACCUCGUGCAGAACCUGCGCGCCCUCGAGAAGCAGGCGCUUGCUGGCGAGGUCGAAGCGGAGGCGCAGAAUGGCCCAGUAGCGCCUGCGCUGCAGCCGCUUGCGGAGAACCUCGAGGACGAGUUGGCCGAGGCAGGACGCGCGGCAGUCGCUCGCAACGACGACGACGACGAAGUUGCGGCUGCACGGCGCGCGCUAGCUGAGGACCUGGCGAACGAUGCGGAAAUGUCGCAGUACGUGAUGGACGACGAGGACGCCGAGCAGUUUGCCGAGGCCGAGGAGCGUGUGCGCAAGAUGCAGGCGGAUCAGAGCGGUCGGCCGUUUUCGUCCACGUUCAGCGUUCGCACGAAGCGUGCACGCGAGGCCCAAAAUGCUGCGCCAGCGCCCACCAAGCGCACCAAGACGCCAGCGGCGCGGGCCCAUGGCGGGCGCCCAAAGGGCCGCGGACCCAAGUAG